UUAUUCAUCGCAAGUGUGCAAGGCUCGCCAAUUGAGAGGCAGAGGCAGCGCUGGUCGGGCUUAGGUAUUCUAGCCUCUGCGAAUGUAAUUUCGGAUUUGGAUUCAGCUUAAAUCCAAAGGGAAAACACUUUAUAAGGCUGAAAGCUGUGUAGUUGCAACAGCCAGGGUUAUGAGCUAUCAAAGGCAAUUACAUUAAAAUAGAUUAUACUGUGUAAAUUGAGCCAUUUAGAAGGUGAGAACCAAAGAAACAGCUCUGAUCCCCCUUCCUUCUAAAUUGCAGUUUUAGUUCCUUGCAAUUCUGAGGCACAAAAGUAGGUGAGACUGCUUUUGUAUCUGCAAAGUGCUUUAUUUCUGAGUGUAAUUCUAACUGAGUGCAAUCUAGGUUAAAAGCUGGACAACUGGGUAAUUAGAGCUCACUUGCUGCUAAAGGACGAUCAGCUGUACCGUAGCUCAUUUGUGUUCCCAGAGACUUGCUCUCCUCUCCCCUGAGCGGAGGCUGCUGGAGAAGAAGCAUCUGUGCCCGGACUUUUCUUGAUUGCGGAGAUGAUGGUGCUGGACAAGGAGGACGGCGUGCCAAUGCUCUCCGUGCAGCCCAAGGGGAAGCAGAAGGGCUGCGCCGGCUGCAACCGCAAGAUCAAGGACCGGUACCUGCUGAAGGCUCUGGAUAAGUACUGGCAUGAGGACUGCCUAAAGUGUGCCUGCUGUGACUGCCGUCUUGGAGAGGUUGGAUCAACUCUUUACACAAAAGCAAAUCUCAUUCUCUGCCGCAGAGAUUACCUGAGGCUCUUUGGUACCACCGGGAAUUGUGCUGCCUGCAGUAAACUGAUCCCUGCCUUUGAGAUGGUGAUGAGGGCCAGAGAUAAUGUUUACCAUUUGGACUGCUUUGCCUGUCAGCUCUGCAACCAGCGAUUCUGCGUGGGAGACAAAUUUUUCCUGAAGAACAACAUGAUCUUGUGUCAGAUGGACUAUGAGGAAGGGCAGCUGAACGGGAGCUUCGAGUCCCAGGUUCAAUAACAGCCCCUGCCUGGCUGGAGCACUGUGGGAUGGGCGCUUGGCCGCACGAGCAGCGAGGGCGUCUGUCAGCUUGCCUGCAAUAUUUUUUUAAUUCUUGGUCCAGAGAGGACUAUAUACAUUGUAGUACUUUUCCCCCCCAACACAAAGCAGUUACAAUUUUAGAUGUACAGUUGUGCCUGCUUAGCUGAGCACUGCAUUGCCUGUAUGUUUGUGAGUUUUUGGGGUCUGGGGGAGGGCUCUGUACAGUCUGUUUUCUGUAUAUAAACUGGAACAUUUAUUUUAUGAAAAAUGUAAUGCAAUUUUAUUACUGGUGUGAAUUAAAAAUUAUGAAUGUUUCCUGGU